GUCGCCGGAAAGAUAAACUGCAGUGAAGAGCCUCACGUCGGGGGACAGGGACAAGAGGUUGCCCACCCAGAGUGUGCUCCACAAAGCAUGCUCGCCUGUCCACGACUGGAAUGCCACACGCUUCUCCGCCUGGAUUCUUAGCAUCCGGGAGACGAUCUGGAGCUCAACUUUGGGAAGACGCCCCAGCAAACCUGUUCCGAGAAGCCCUUCAGCAGCCCACCUCAUGGGCCAGACGGCCCUGGCAAGGGGCAGCAGCAGCACCUCCGCCUCUCAGGCGCUGUACUCUGACUUCUCUCCUCCCGAGGGCUUGGAGGAGCUCUUGUCUGGACCCCCUCCUGACCUAGGGGUCCAACGGCGCCACGGCUGGAACCCCAAGGAUUGCUCCGAGAACAUCGAUGUCAAGGAAGGGGGCCUGUGCUUUGAGCGGCGCCCCGUGGCCCAGAGCACCGAUGGGGUCCGGGGAAAGAGGGGCUACUCGCGGGGCCUGCACGCCUGGGAGAUCAGCUGGCCCCUGGAGCAGAGGGGCACACACGCCGUGGUGGGCGUGGCCACCGCCCUCGCCCCGCUGCAGGCCGACCACUACGCGGCGCUUUUGGGCAGCAACAGCGAGUCGUGGGGCUGGGAUAUUGGGCGGGGAAAAUUGUAUCAUCAGGGUAAGGGCCUUGAGGCGCCCCAGUAUCCAGCCGGACCUCAGGGUGAGCAGCUAGUGGUGCCAGAGAGGCUGUUGGUGGUUCUCGACAUGGAGGAGGGGACUCUGGGCUACUCUAUUGGGGGCACCUACCUGGGACCAGCCUUCCGUGGACUGAAGGGCAGAACCCUCUAUCCCUCUGUAAGCGCUGUUUGGGGCCAGUGCCAGGUCCGCAUCCGCUACAUGGGCGAAAGAAGAGCGGAGGAACCGCAAUCCCUUCUGCACCUGAGCCGCCUGUGUGUGCGCCGUGCGCUGGGGGACACCCGGCUUGGCCAAAUAUCCACUCUGCCUCUGCCCCCUGCCAUGAAGCGCUACCUGCUCUACAAAUGACCCUGUAGCACCACAGUGUGCUGGCACCUUGCCACCAUCCCUAUACAGUGGGGACAGGUGGAGAGGCAUCGCUGGCCUAGACAACUUGACAGUGAAGCUGAGGGGAGGAGAGGCCGGGCCCUUCGUAACCCUUAUCAGAGGGGCGAGACAUGGAACUGAUACUAAAGGCUGUGACGGCCUGGGACAAAAAUUGUUUUUCAAGUGAAAAAUAAUGAGAUGUAUCGUCACAGA